AUGGAAACUCUACUUUCUUCGCGCUCUCUUUCUCCUCUCCUUAACUCAAAAUCUUCCUCUUCAAAACCCCAUUUGCUACCGUCACUUCAAACAAGACCAAACUCACUCUCUUUCACUCCUAAAACCAUCACUUCUACCCUCAAAAAGCACACCUCUCAAUCUUUGUCAGUACCCAAUAGCUGGCUUAGUCAUGCCCAACAAGGCUUAGCAGCGUUAGCUCUCUCUUUAGCACUCAACUUUAGUCCACUGUUGUACACUGGCAUUGCACAAGCAUCUGAAUUUGAUGUGCUUAAUGAAGGGCCACCCAAAGAGUCUUAUGUAUUUGAUGAUGCUGGUGUGCUUAGUAGAGUGACUAAAUCUGAUCUGAAGCGGUUGAUAUCUGAUUUGGAAUCAAGGAAGAACCUCAAGAUUAAUUUCAUCACUGUUAGGAAGCUUACUAGCAAAGCUGAUGCUUUCGAGUAUGCUGACCAAGUCCUGGAGAAAUGGUAUCCCACUGUUGAAGAAGGCAACAAUAAGGGAAUUGUUGUGCUUGUAACCAGCCAAAAGGAAGGGGCAAUUACAGGGGGUCCUGCAUUUAUCCAAGCAGUUGGAGAAACUGUUCUUGAUUCCACUGUCUCUGAGAACCUUCCUGUCUUGGCGACAGAAGAAAAGUACAAUGAAGCAAUUUAUAGCAGCGCCAAGAGGUUGGUGGCUGCUAUUGAUGGGCUUCCAGAUCCUGGUGGUCCAAAGGCUAAAGAAAAUAAACGAGAAUCCAACUUCAAAAGCAAGGAAGAGACAGAAGAGAAGAGGGGGCAAUUCACUCUAGUGGUUGGAGGUCUGUUGGUGGUGGCUUUCGUUGUUCCUAUGGCACAGUACUAUGCUUAUGUUUCAAAGAAAUAG